GAAAAAAUUGAGAAAUUUAACAAAUUAUAAAAAUGAUAAUCAUGUCAAACAUAAGUGUACAACAACAUGAAAGUUAAUGUGUUUUAAAAAAUAUAACUUAUUUAUGAAAAAAAUGGCUAAAUAAUGUAAAAGUGUUUUAUUUUUAUAUAUAUAUAAAAAAAUAGCAGUAAAAUGCUUUAAGAGCAAAAAAAAAGGAAAAUAUUUCUAUGUGUGUGUGCCUGUGUUUUAUUUUGGUAUAGUGUAAAAAUUAUAAUUAAUUUCUAUAAUUUUACAUAUUACUAGUGAUAAUGGAUGCAAUUUUUAUAACCAGUUAUAAUUGGAAAUUAUUACAUUUGCAGCCAAAAGAUUUGUGGAUUUUAACGUUUAUUUGAAAAAGUGUAAAUUGUGAUUGCAAAUUAAAAGAAAAAGAGCUGCCAGAUUGUUUACAUAAGUUAAAGAGCAGAAAUCUUGUUAUAUUUUAAAAGAAAUAUUAUAUUGUAAAGUGAUCAUGUGUUUUAGGUGAUUUGAAAGUUUGUUGUAUUAUUUUUAAAAUCUGUGCCACUUAUAUUGUGUGCACUUGUUGUUGGGCCUGGAAAGGCUGUUCUUAAAUUUUGGAUUACAUGGUGUUUUCUUGGAAUGUGUUCGUCAGAGGAUUAGUGAAUUUAAGGAAUUCAUUUUGCAGCUACUGCAUUUAAAGAGAAAGAUAUUUUCAUACUAAUUAUGCAGAAUAAAAUCCUUAAAGAAAUUCUUAAAAAAACUUGUGGCAACAUCUGUAACUAUAGAUGCAAUUUGUAUGCAACUGCAACAACUAUAGAAAACAGACAACAAAUACGAAAAAAAUUCAUACAAAAAAUCAUCAUUGUCAUAAACAAAAUAAACGAAAAAGAUUAAUAAUAAUAAAAAUAAAUCAAAGAAAAACAAAUAAAAUUAAACUAAAUGGAAAAUAUACAAUAAUAAAAAUUAAUAAAAAUUUCAUAUAUUUUAUCUACAACUAUAAAAGAAAAGAAAGUGGUUUAAUUUUAAAAAUAAAUAAGAAAAAAAACGGAAGUAAUCAGUCUUGUAUUAUUUUUUUCCAAACAAAUCAAUCAAACAUUAUUUUCAAAAGAAAUAUAAUAAAAUACAAAUUGAAACAAAGUUUUGAAGGAAAAGAGCAAAAAAAGGAAAAUAGUUUUCCAAAGUGUUAGAAGAAAGAAAGAAGAGAGUGUUUAUUAUUAAAUAAAUAUUUAUUUAAAUCAAAAAAAAAAAAUCAUAAAUAAAUUUAAACAAAUAAAAAAAGAAAAGAAAAUCAAAUAAAUUUAUAACUGUAGAAAUAUUUAAAAAUUUCUAUUUGUUUGUGUUUGUGAUUGCUGGCUGUUUGAGAUUGUUUAUUCGUGUUUGUUGGUAAUUUAAUCAUUAUCAUCAUCAUCGUGUUCAUCAUCAUCAUUAUUAUUAUUGUUUCAAACAUUUGUGUAACCAAAACUUUUAAAGACUGAGAGUUGCAAGCGACCAUGCGCGCAUGGCUUCUACUCCUCGCAGUGCUGGCGACUUUUCAAACGAUCGUUCAAGUUGCUAGCACCGAGGAUAAUAAUAUAUCAUCGAGAUUUAUCACAGCAAUACAACCAAUUAAUAAGGAUUUUAAUCACACAACUACAACAAAAACGACGGCGAUUUCACAAAAACCGUCGUCAACAACUGCAUUAACAAAACUAGUGGAUUUUCCCAACGUUUUCAUCAAUACGGAACAGGAAAACGUAGAUAAAACAAUUGUGUAUAAACCUCAUAAAAGUGAUAGUGAUAAAAAACAAAUAACAAAAAGUGAAGAACAAGUGCAAAAUAAUAAUAAUCAAAUUGAUACAAAUAAAAACAUUAUAAUUGAAAUCAAAAAUAUUGAAGAAAUCGAACAAAUAAACGAUUUAGAAAACGAAGUGAUUGAAAAAGAUCAUAAAAAUUUAAAACAAAAUAAGAAAUCAAAUAAAAAUCUUAACAAAAUGGCUUUAAAAGAAAGUGAAAUAGAACAACAACAAAACCAAAAAACCACACAACAUAAACAACAAAUUCAUACAGAAGAGGAUACAAAAUUAAAUAAUGAAAAUUCCUCCUCGAAACAUCAUCAUCAGCAACAUCAUCAUAAACACCAUCAUCAACAACAACAUAAAUCACAACCUGCCUCUCAACAACAACAUCAUCAUACGCAACUACAGCAACAAACAACAUUUAGUGAUAAUUUAACAUCAGCAGCAUCUAGCAGCACAACAAAAACAACAUCUCAAACCACAUCCACACAUCUUAACGAAGAAGUUAAAUCAUCCACUUCCUCCUCCACCAUGGAUUUAGAUGUUUCCAUUUCUCAAAAUGAUGAUGGUGCCAUUAGUGUGGAAUCACAACAGCCCCAAGUGGAUGCUGUAAUACCCGAUGAGGGUCCACGCACCUUUAGCAAUCAAGAGAUUAUAGCCGAAAAGGUAAAACCCGAUCCCUCAACUCUAGUCGAAAUUGAGAAUAGUUUAUUAUCGCUAUUCAAUAUGAAGAGGCCGCCAAAAAUUGAUCGUUCCAAGAUUAUCAUACCCGAGGCAAUGAAACAAUUGUAUGCCCAGAUAAUGGGUCAUGAAUUGAAUUCUGUAAAUAUACCAAAACCUGGAUUGCUAACAAAAUCCGCCAACACAGUGAGAAGUUUUACACAUCAAGAUAGUAAAAUCGACGAUCGGUUUCCGCACCAUCAUCGGUUUCGUUUAUAUUUCGAUAUAAAGAGCAUACCCGCCGAGGAAAAGCUUAAAGCGGCCGAAUUGCAAUUAACACGUGACGCCAUUAGUCAUGCCACCUUAAAUCCCCGCCUGGCGAAUCGUACACGCUAUCAAGUGCUCGUCUACGACAUUAUACGCUUGGGCGUGAGAGGUAAACGUGAGCCGAGCUAUUUGUUGUUGGACAAUAAGACGAUACGUCUAAAUAGCACGGAUACGGUGAGUUUGGACGUACAACCUGCUGUUGAUCGGUGGCUGGCUUCACCGAAUAAGAAUUUCGGUCUCAUCAUUGAGGUGAGGACAUCACGCUCCCUCAAACCAGCGCCCCAUCAUCAUGUGCGUUUACGCCGCAGUGCGGACGAAGAGCAUGAACACUGGCAGCGCAAACAACCCCUGCUGUUCACCUAUACCGAUGACGGCCGACACAAGUCGCGUUCCAUACGGGAUGUCAGCACACGCUCGAAACGGGCGGGUGGCCAUCACCGGAGAACGCAUCGGCGCAAAAACAACGAAGAGAUCUGCAGACGUCACUCGUUGUAUGUGGAUUUCGCCGAUGUGGGCUGGAGUGAUUGGAUUGUGGCGCCGCCGGGCUAUGAUGCCUUCUACUGUCAUGGUCGUUGUCCGUUUCCCAUAGCGGAACAUUUGAAUUCCACCAAUCAUGCGGUGGUGCAAACCUUAGUCAAUAGUAUCAAUCCAGGAAAGGUGCCAAAGGCCUGCUGUGUGCCCACACAGCUGGAGGGCAUAUCGAUGCUCUAUCUCAACGAUCAUAGUACCGUAGUGCUCAAGAACUAUCAGGACAUGACCGUGGUGGGCUGUGGCUGUCGGUAAGGACAACUAAAAAACUGGCCAACACCAGCCACAAACGGUUUAAAUUACUACAACUAUAGCAACAAAAAUCAAAUGAAACUGAAGCCAAAUACAACAAUAUAAACUAAAACAAAACAACUAACAAAUCUUAUACUUAAGAGAUACGCAAACGUCUCUACCACUCUUAGGUUAUAACAAAGAGCGGGAGACUUGCAAGACAAGAGUUUUAGUUGAACAUUUUGUAACACAGUUUCUCAACAAUAAAAUGUCGUGAUAUUUAAGCGUGAGUGUUCAUCAAACAUCCUACAUGCCAAGUCAGUCGUCAGUCAAACAGUCAACCAGCCAGCCAGGCGGCCAAGUUAAGCAGAUGGCUUAUUACAUGUCUAAGAGAGUGAAAAAGAGCAUUUGUGAAGAGCAGCUGCUAAAUGCAAGGGCCGAGUUUUCCAGCCCUCCCCCUCUCUCUCUCUCUCUCUCAUUUUCUCUCUUUUUGUAACGCUUUAAUAAGUUUUAAUUAUUUUAUUAUUUCUAUUUUUAUUAUUUUUUUGUUUAUAAUAAUUAUUUUUUAUUUGUUUAUAAAAUAAUGUAAUUUUAAACAGAAAACAAACGCAAUCUAAGUGGACUGAAUUAUUGAAUUUUUUUCUUUGUAAGUGUAAAUACUAGAUUUUAAACAAAAGGAAAAACAAAACAAAAAUUAUAACUUAAACUAAAUAGAGUUGCGAAAUUUUAGCUAUAAACAAACAAAAAAAAAUUUAAAACCUAACUAAGUAGUCACUAAAUAAAUAUAAAUAUUUAAAGAAAUUGAAAUUGUAAAAAAUAAAACAAUAAAACCUAAACUAACCAUUUUGACAGCUAGGCUGUCAAAAAUAGGUCUAGUUACUGGUCACGCCCCCAACUUAGCCUCUUUUUCAUACUUCAAAUAAAAGCAAAACAAUCAUAACCUAAACCAAACGCUAGUACGUUGUUCUAUUAAACAAAUUUCUCAUAGUGCCAUUUUGUUUUUUUCGCUCCCUCUCUCGCUCUCUCUCAUUUCCUUUCAUACAUACAUACACAGCAAUAUACUCACUUAUAUAACUUUUAAACUUCUCUUACUUCCUAAUGAUACUCUUAAUUGUGUGUAUAGCAACUAAAAAAUGAACAUAAAAUUUAUGUAAAUGUUAAACAGAAAAUUAUAAAUUAUAAUAAAUUAAUUAUAAUUUUAUAACUUUAGUAGUAUAACUCGCAAAUUUCUAAACAUUUUUUUCUAUGUAUGUAUUUAUAUAAAACAACAAAACAAAACGAAAUUUUAUUUUUUUUUCUUUUAACUAAAUAAUAAUUUAACUAAUUAUUUCUUAUAAAUCAAAUAUUAUUUUGUUUGUUUAGCGAAUACAUCCUUACAUUUAAGGAUUCUAUUAUUAUUAUUAUUAAAAAAAAAAAAAAACUAAA